GCGCCCCAGAAUGAGACUGGACCAGCAGGGUUGGUGUUCAGCCAUGAACUUCUAUAACUUCGUCACUUCCAACGGUUAAGUGCACCUUCAGCCAUGCCUGUGACAUCUCAGCUGCUCAGGGGUUUGCCCCGUACCAAGGUCUUGGCCUCCAGUCUGUUACCAUGCCAACACCACCAGUCCCAGCUAGGACCCAUCACUCACCGACCUGCGUCAAGACGGCCCUCUCGUAUAUGGCAGAGCAACCAGCACUCAAGAAGUUACCAGACAACCUCAGUGCACCGCAGCUACAUCCUCUCACCCCCACAGGUCAACUCUAUUCUGAAGGCCAACGAGUACAGCUUCAAGGUGCCAGAGUUUGAUGGGAAAAAUGUGUCAUCAGUGAUGGGUUUUGAGAGCAACCAGUUACCAGCUAACGCUCCCAUAGAAGACAGACGAAGUGCAGCAACAUGCCUGCAGACACGAGGAAUGCUGCUGGGUGUGUUUGAUGGCCAUGCUGGCUGUGCCUGUGCACAGGCGCUGAGUGAGAGGUUGUUUUACUACAUAGCAGUGUCUCUGCUGCCCCACGACACACUGUGUGAGCUGGAGGCAGCGGUGGAGGCCGGCAGGGCCCUCAGUCCCAUCCUGCAGUGGCACAAACACCCCAACGACUACUUCAGCAGGGAGGCUCAGACUCUCUACUUCAACAGCCUCCGAACCUACUGGCAGGAGUUAAUAGAUCUUACCAGCCCAGGCGAAGUUCCAGACACCCGUGAGGCAUUGCUGAAUGCCUUCAAGAGGCUGGACAAUGACAUUUCCCUGGAGGCCCAGGUUGGAGACCCGAAUGCUUUCCUGCACUACUGGGUCCUGAGAGUGGCCUUUUCUGGAGCAACGGCCUGCGUGGCUCACGUCGAUGGAUCAGACCUGUUUAUAGCCAAUGCAGGAGAUGCUCGGGCAGUAUUGGGAGUGCAGGAGGAGGAUGGUUCAUUCACCGCUCACACACUCUCUAAUGACCACAACGCCCAGAAUGAGGAGGAGGUGGCCCGGAUACGGGGUGAACACCCUCCAUCAGAGAGGAAGACAGUGAUACGACAGGACCGGUUACUCGGCCUCCUGAUGCCGUUCCGUGCAUUUGGGGACGUGAAGUUCAAGUGGAGUAUUGAACUGCAGAAGCGCGUGUUAGAGUCUGGACCUGAUCAGCUCCACGAAAACGAGCACACCAAGUUUAUCCCUCCGAACUACCACACGCCCCCCUACCUGACCGCCGAGCCUGAGAUCACGUAUCACAAACUGCGGCCACAGGAUCGUUUCAUGGUGAUUGGCUCUGACGGCCUCUGGGAGACCCUCCACAGGCAGGAAGUGGUUCGUAUUGUGGGGGAGUAUUUAACAGGGGUGCACCAACGUCAGCCCCUCAAAGUUGGAGGUUACAGGGUCACCCUGGGACAGAUGCAGGGGCUGCUGGAAGAGAGAAAGGCUCGCGUGUCUUCAGCUUUCGAGGACCAGAACUCGGCCACCCACCUGAUGCGCCAUGCAGUGGGAAACAACGAGUUUGGCACGGUCGACCACGAGAGGCUGUCGAAGAUGCUGUCGCUGCCCGAGGAGCUGGCUCGCAUGUACCGCGAUGACAUCACCAUCAUCAUCUCUCAGUUCAACCCUCAUGUGAUUGGAGCACAGAGACAGGAGGGGCAGCCCUGAGCUAUACAAAAGCCAUUACACACACACACACACACACACACACACACACACACACACCUGUGUAACUGAGUACUGUAGAUCUACACACAAGCACAAGGUGGACAAACAGGCCAUAUUAAGAAAAUAUCUGUCCAGCAGCCUGAAUGAAAUGUUUUAACUAUAUUUAUGUAAAGAAUGUAUAUGUUUGUAUGCAGUGCUGGAGAAGAUCUCGGUUAAAAACUGGAUUGUCUCUUAUACAACAUAACAUCUGAUAAUGCUGCCAAUACCCUCUGUCAACUGUUUCAUACACACUUCUCUGUGUGGCUGGUGAGAAGCUGUUACAAACUGAUUUUUGUGCCAAAAGAUUCAACCUCCUUGUGUGUUGAAAGACUCAGCGCGGUUGAAAUGAUAGAAAUUCCAAAGAGGGUGAAGAUUGGGAUUUCACAGGUAAAAAGGCCUUUGUUGAUGCAGCACUGACUCAGCUCGCUUCUCUGCUGUGGACAUUGUAACACUGCACCCUCUUUCUCUGAUGUCUGGUUUUGUUAUUCACGUCUCAGACAUCUGCAUCUGUCAGGCUGAUGUUACGCCAGAGGACUGUUGCAUCAUUUAUUUUACUCCUUUGCAUGUGUCAUUGUAUGAGAUGUCCUUAGUGCAGUCCAGACACACACUUUGCUCUGCAUUUCUACUGCAGUCUGUGAGUAUUUGGAUGAUGAGGUUUACUCCAGCAUCUGGUUUAAACGCUGACUUGAGCUUUAAGGUGUUUACAUCCACUGAACAAUGUAAGGCUACACAGUGUAUCUGAUGUGGAUGUAAAGACUCUAACAUUGAAGUUGACAGUUGAUACUUUAACCUCAUUGUGCAGUGGUUCCCAUCCUGUGUGAGUCCCGAGAUCUCUCAGGUCACAGAUUAUAUUAUUGAGGAAAACAAAAUUCUGUUACACAAAGUUUCCUCUGACUUCUGGAUUACUUUCACCUCAAGGCCUCUAAAAAAUCCCUCAAAUGAAACAAUUUGAAAAAUCAACAUUUCUUCAUUUUAAAGGGUCACAAGCCAAAUAAUGUUCAGAACGCAAAUAUUUACAGACUGUACAGUCUAACAAGUCAUUAACUCUUGGGAAACUUGCACCGCUACAGGUUAACCAAUAUAUACCUGGCUUUUCUGUGACACUAUGACUUUAUUAUUGUGGUGCUUCUUCAGUGGAAGAAGUAAUAAUCUGUUAGUGAACCCCUAAGCAAACACAUUGACCUCUGGCGGUGACGUAGCUGUUGAAAUGAAAGUUUGCUGUUCUUAUUUAAGCUCCGUGGGGUUAAAAGGGACCCGUGUUACAAGCCUUGUGUUGGUGUUGUUUUUCUUACUGGUCAUUAGCAGUGUGGGUAACGGUUUGUUACAGUUUGGGAUUUUAUUGUUCAUGGCAGAUACUCUCCAGUUCAACAUUAUUAACGGGGUCACCGCUGUGUGUUCAAGUGUAUUUAAGCCUGAAAUGAACAGACUGUAAAUUUUCAACAAGCUGUUUGAAUAUUACAGAUUAUUUAUUCAUCUUUGGCAGUAUGUUACACGUCUUAAUUUACAGUUGGAUGUAUAAAUUGUAACUUAUGCAGGUUUAGUUUUGUAUAUGGAAAGGUUUAAUAAAACACUGAAUAC